UUCGGCGGCGGCGCGCAGGGCAGGGCGCGAGCCGGCCUGGGAGCCCCGGUCUCGGACCGCCCCUCCGCGCCCGGCACGCCCGGCGCCGCUCGGCCAGCUCAGCUUCGCGGUGAGCGCGGCGCGCUGACCCGUGGGCGAGGAUGCCGUACGAGAUCAAGAAGGUGUUCGCCAGCCUCCCCCAGGUGGAGAGGGGAGUCUCCAAAAUCCUGGGCGGGGACCCCAAGGGCAGCAACUUCCUCUACACCAAUGGGAAGUGCGUCAUCCUCAGGAACAUCGAUAACCCGGCGGUGGCUGACAUCUACACAGAGCACGCGCACCAGGUGGUGGUGGCCAAGUACGCACCCAGCGGCUUCUACGUGGCGUCUGGAGAUGUGACCGGGAAGCUGCGGAUCUGGGACACGACUCAGAAGGAGCACCUGCUGAAGUUCGAGUACCAGCCCUUCGCCGGCAAGAUCAAAGACAUCGCGUGGACGGAGGACAGCAAGAGGAUCGCGGUGGUGGGCGAAGGACGGGAGAAGUUCGGGGCCGUCUUCCUGUGGGACAGCGGCUCCUCCGUGGGCGAGAUCACGGGCCACAACAAGGUCAUCAACAGCGUGGACAUCAGACAGAGCCGGCCAUACCGGCUGGCCACAGGCAGCGAUGACAACUGUGCUGCCUUCUUUGAGGGGCCCCCAUUCAAGUUCAAGUUCACCAUCGGCGACCACAGCCGCUUCGUCAAUUGCGUGCGGUUCUCUCCGGACGGGAACAGAUUCGCCACGGCCAGUGCCGACGGCCAGAUCUUCAUCUACGACGGGAAGACGGGCGAGAAGGUGUGCGCCCUGGGCGGCAGCAAGGCCCACGAUGGAGGCAUCUACGCGAUCAGCUGGAGCCCCGACAGCACCCAGUUGCUCUCGGCCUCGGGAGACAAGACCUCCAAGAUCUGGGACGUGAACGCCAACUCGGUGGUCACCACAUUCCCCAUGGGCACCACCAUCCUAGACCAGCAGCUGGGCUGCCUCUGGCAGAAGGACCACCUCCUCAGCGUCUCCCUGUCCGGCUACAUCAACUACCUGGACAGGAACAACCCUAACAAGCCCCUGCGGGUCAUCAAGGGCCACAGCAAGUCCAUCCAGUGUCUGACGGUGCACAGGAACGACGGCAGGUCCUUCAUCUACUCGGGGAGCCACGACGGGCACAUCAAUAUCUGGGACUCCGAGACGGGGGAGAACGACAGCUUCGCCGGCAAGGGCCACACGAACCAGGUGUCGAGGAUGACGGUGGACGAGGCCGGGCAGCUGGUGAGCUGCAGCAUGGACGACACUGUGCGCUACACCAGCCUCGGGCUGCGUGACUACAGUGGGCAGGGGGUUGUGAAGCUGGACGUCCAGCCCAAGUGUGUGGCCGUGGGCCCAGGAGGCUACGCGGUGGUCGUGUGCAUUGGGCAGAUCGUGCUGCUCAAGGACCAGAGGAAGUGCUUCAGCAUCGACAGCCCUGGCUACGAGCCUGAGGUGGUGGCCGUACACCCAGGAGGGGACACGGUGGCCGUCGGGGGCGCGGACGGGAACGUCCACCUCUACUCCAUCCUGGGCUCCACGCUGAAGGACGAGGGCCAUGUCCUGGAGGCCAAGGGCCCCGUGACCGACCUGGCCUACUCCCACGAUGGCGCCUUCCUCGCCGUGUGUGACGCCAGCAAGGUGGUCACGGUGUUCAGCGUGGCCGACAACUAUGCAGAGAAGAACGUGUUCUACGGCCACCAUGCCAAGAUCGUCUGCCUGGCCUGGUCCCCAGACAACGAGCACUUCGCCUCAGGCGGCAUGGACAUGAUGGUCUACGUCUGGACGCUGAGCGACCCCGAGACCAGGGUCAAGAUCCAAGACGCUCACCGGCUGCACCACGUCAGCAGCCUAGCCUGGCUGGACGCACACACACUGGUCACCACCUCCCACGACGCCUCUGUCAGAGAGUGGACAAUCACCUACUGAGCGAGCGCCCCGGCGGCUGGAAGGGACGCCUCAGGGACUAGAGCCGCCGGCCCCCCCCCCCCGCCCCAGCCUCUCCCCUGCCCUGCCCCUCGCCUCUCACAGGGCGACCUCUCACCCAUCCUUUGGAAAGCUUUAGAGAGUGACCGUUUGCACAUGACGAAUAAAGGAGCCCUUGGCCCUUGUGUCCGGCGCCCAUCGCCUGCCCAGGCCGGGGCGGAACAUUCCAGAGGCAAAGCCUCAAAAGCACACAGGCCUGGCCCCCAGGCAGGCAGCACCCCACUCAUCUAUAGCUGGGCAUGGCGGGGGGGGGGGGGUGGGGGGGAGGCGGGACAUGCACCGGCUCACACACGGGGGUGAAGCAGGUGGGGCUCUUCUGGUGGACACUGCCUCCAGGAAGGCCUCCAGGUGGGCGGGCAGUGGGGUGCACACACCAGCCUUGUCUCCAUCAGUUUGCGUGCUUGGUUUUUAAGACCUGAGAGUUUUUUUGUUUUUUUUCCCCCCUUUUGAACGUCCACUCACCAUCACCCUUCGGUGCUGGCAAGCUGUCCGGGGUGAGAGGCCGAGGGGUUUCUCUUCCUGACACGGUUUCUCUUCCCUGCUUUGCUGUUUUCACGUGUUGCGCCCCGCUCCUCCCCCCCCCCCCAGCAGAGAUUAAUUUAAAGGCAGUCGCCCUUGGGCGGCCUGUCACGUCUCCCCCCACCCCCACCUUCCUUGGUGCAGAAAUUUAAAAGUCCGUGUGAAGCUCAGUGACUGGGAGUCUCUGAGAUGCCCGGACCCCCCCACCCCGCGGUCAGCACCCCUGCCUUGCACUGGUGGCCGCACUCAGCGCUUUAAGAGAUGAGAUGGAGAAAUGAUUAAACCUCUCUUCUGUGUA